CAUGCUUGUAUAUUCAUAUGUACUCAAAUACUGGUCAGAAGUACACAUUUGUUUUCACUUAUUCAUAAUAAUCAACACAGGACUUUUAUUUGCAACCAAUUAUAUUUAUUUUAUUUGUACCUAUAGGUAAAGUAUCUGAAUACUUACUCCUCAUCUUCAGGAAACAAAACCAGGUUUUAGUUUCCUCUUGACUGUUAUUUCCCAGGAGGUAUUUUGACUUGUCAUGGUAGGAGAAAGCCCAGCUGUAAUGGAAUACAAUAAUGGUGGCUGUAUUCCACCAGGAGAGCCAGUUCCAGUUUACUACAAUUGAGCCAUUGUUAAUGUAAUUGAUUACACCUGCACAUUUCCUGCUGUGGAAAGUCAGAACAUCUCCUAUGGAAAAUGUCUACUGAGCCACUCAUGCCACAAAUGUGUCCUCAUGGAAGUAAUACACAUUGGACUCAUCAUCAACAUGUGUACUUUUACUGUAAGUGUGUAUUUUGUUCUGUCUACCUGCGUUUUGAAAUUACUUUUCAGUUCUGGAGCCACAGUUCACCUGUAACAAUAAAACAGAAAAUCAUCUUCUUACCUGGGAACAUCCAGUGUCCUAAGGUACUUAACAAGUAUCCAUAAACUUAAUAAUAUGUAUUCUUAUAGAGCCAAAGUUUCAUCCUCUGUAUUUUUGCAGUCUUCAGAUAAAAACCAUAUCUAAUUUCUAACUGUUGCAAAAGAGGCCCUGACAGUUCGGUUGUAGCUGCUGCCCGUCUUUAAGAACGCUGCACUUUUGCAACCCCAGUGAUUGCCACACAGUGUUGCAGCGACUUUGCAAAAAGCAGUUUUAUUUUUUCACCUCAUUUCCCAACAGUGAACGACCUGACCUAUUAGAAAAACGUCAUCUUCAAUUAAAGAUUUCCACUGCUGACGAGUGACAUUAUCACCGAUCACUCAUUUUCCAUUACCAGGGAAUCAAUACAUCAGUCAAUGCUCAUGAAAACAUGGUUAAGGGGCAUCGAGUGGUUCCCGUGGUGGCGAUCACAUGCUCUUAUUGUUGAUGUCCUUACAUAACUUUCUCUUCUUUUACAGGUCUUCUUUUAAAUACUUUAUAAUUGUACAAAACUCCCAAACGGAGAUGAUCACAUUGGUUUCAUCACAGUUAACUCAGAAGUAAAUGUAAAUCUAUGAACCCGUGUGGCCUUCAGUGCAUCCUGAGGGGUUAUGUAAUAUCAGGGGCUGUUGAGCAGAAAGCUAAUUACAGAAGGACACCCUCUCUUCUUUGUUUCUGUUCCUCUCAUCUGUACCUUCACAGAAACAACACACACCGAUCCCUUAUAAGUGUGUGUUCCCACUCUGCCGUGUUGUUUCCUGCAUGUGUUGUGGCAGCGGCUCCACAGCCAUGAGUUUAUGUCAAAUUGUGUUAGUGCAGAGCUGUGUUGCUGCGGCUGUGUCACACAGGGGAGUCACCACGAGAGGGAGGGACUUAGGCAGUGGGACAAUGCUGGUGUUUGUGCAACGGCCCCUGAGUGGCGGCCGGCUCUCUCAUACUGCUCUCGCUUGACUACCGCUGCUGCACGCAUUGUUGAAGUGAAAGGAAAGUGGACAGCCUGAUCCUGCCUGUGGGAUGCACCGACAGAGGCAGUGGGGGAGAGAGAUUGGAUGUCGGUGUGAGGUACAACAGAGGAGGAAGCCCGGCCAGGAGACACACAUGCAACAGUAGUGGUUUCUGGACACAACAGGAAAGAGGGCGUCCACCCCUGCCGCACCAGGGAGGAGGAAGGAGAAGGCGGACCACCGCUGUCACACCAAGAGAGGCACAGAGCUGCAUUUGUGGAUCGGGUGGGCAAGUGAGAGAGGUCGAGAGUCCGCAGAGACAACUUUGUGCGGGAGGGCCAAGGGAAAGUAGGAGGAAGAGGAGGAGGAGGAGGAGAAGUCGGUGCUCGGGGAGGAGUAAUAGGAGGAGAGGAGUAGUGGACCAGGGCCUGGAGCCCAAACACAAGCAGGAUGGCGGAGAAGAAAGUUAGCCUCCCAGCUAAGCUGAUUAAUGGGGGCGUGGCAGGCCUGGUCGGUGUGACAUGUGUGUUUCCUAUUGACCUGGCCAAGACCCGGCUCCAGAACCAGCAGGGCGUCCAAGUCUACAAAGGAAUGCUGGAUUGUCUGGCGAAGACGGUUCGUGCAGAGGGAUACUUCGGGUGCUACAGAGGUGCGGCCGUGAACCUCACGCUCGUCACGCCGGAGAAAGCCAUCAAGCUGGCAGCCAAUGACAUCUUCAGGCAGAAGCUCUCCAAGGACGGGCAUUUGCCCCUGUGGGGGGAGGUGCUGGCCGGGUGUGGGGCUGGGACCUGUCAGGUGGUCGUCACCACCCCGAUGGAGAUGCUGAAGAUCCAGCUGCAGGACGCAGGACGAAUCUCUGCACAAAGGCCUGUGCCAACCGCAGCUCAGGCUGCUGCUGCCCCCGGUCCAGCUCCGUCGUUGGCGGCCCCCCCGACGCAGGCCCGGCCGCCGCCUCCUCACCGACCCUCGGCCACUAGCAUCACUGUGCAGCUGCUGAAGACCCGUGGCCUGGCUGGACUGUACAGAGGAGCAGGGGCCACGUUAACGAGGGAUGUCCCCUUCUCGAUGAUCUACUUCCCUCUAUUUGCCAACCUUAACGCGCUGGGCCGAACUGACGUGCAGGCCAAGGCACCGUUCUGGCAGUCCUUCUUGGCUGGCUGCUCCGCGGGCUCAGUGGCAGCUGUGGCAGUAACGCCACUGGAUGUAAUAAAGACUCGUCUGCAGACCUUGCAAAAAGGGGAAGGGGAGGAUACAUACAAAGGAAUUGUUGACUGCACAAGGCGCAUCCUGAGACGAGAAGGCCCGGGAGCUUUCCUGAAGGGCGCAGCGUGUCGUGCUCUGGUCAUCGCUCCUCUCUUUGGCAUUGCACAGGGGGUCUACUUUCUCGGGGUAGGGGAGGCGGUUCUGGGUUGGAUGGAAUAGAGGUGCUUUGGCAUCGGUGGUGGCAAUUGUGUCGUCUCUGUUCAACUGAUUCGCUGGUUUAAUCUGCAGUGAAUGCAUGGUGACACAACCCAGUGACCGCUGUACAAACAGAGAGCCGGAGAGGAUCAAUCUGCUGGUCUGAGAUAUGAAGAUGCUCUAAUUACUAAUAUGUGGAUCAGCUCGUUCACGCUAAUCACGCUUCUCUGGGUUUGUCAUGCUGUCAGCAGGGUCCUGUAGGAAACACAGGGUUCUGGGUCUGUGUGACUAAUCUGAGGAUCUGUGUCCCACGUUGACGGGUCUAUACCAGCGUGCUCGCUGCAAUAUGUCUGAGGCUCUUCCUUUUACCUGGGAGAGAUUAUUCUCUAGUUGUGCAUCCUUAAAAAGAUUUUUGUCCUUUUUUUAAUCAUGUCGGGUGUGUUAAUACAUACAGCAAACAUGUUGCCAAGGCUUUUAUUUUUGGGGAAUUUCUACAUACAAUAACACAUCUAUAACACUUUGUGUACACUCAGAAUCACAAGGACACAAAUGACUCCAGUGAAAUCAUUAAAACUGAUAUUAGCUAUUGAGCUUUGAUGUACAUCUUUGUACUUGAUGCACUUUUGUGCCUAAAUGCAAGUAAAUAUGAUAUCGUCCAUAUCAACCAAAGGCAAAUGGUUCAGUAUAUGGAAGAUACAAAUAAAGCGAUGUGUAAACAGAAAAAAUGAAAUUGAAAUAAUGUUGGGUAGUUAUGACAAGGGGAAAAUAAUAGUAAUGUAUUUUACUGGGAGUUUAUUUGACAUAUUUUUGUCCUCGAAGGUCCUGAGUGCAAGUUUUAGAGCAAAAUAUAUUUAUUAUAUAGACAGUAUUCAUUUAAAAAGAAUAAAAACUAUAUAUACAAAUAAUUAAAAAGGAGCAAAAAGAUCAGGACUAAUUAACUCAAAGUGGAAGCAAUAUGUUUUCAUAAUUUUUUUAAAGGGAUGCACAAAGGUCAAGAAAGAGCUGCUGCGUGUUGUUUGUUUGAGGCUGCCUAAAAAAUGCCUACCAAUUUGACCACCUGUGGUCAUGAUGACAAAGUGUUCAUGGUUAAUGUAAGUGACAAAUUCCCCUUUAAUCUUAAAAUGAUUGCCUAAAGUUUGACCUCAGAACUCGAGCCGGGUAUUUGGCUUCAACCUCAAACGCCGGUGAUGUCGACUUCGACUUUGACGCGUUUCUCUGAAAAAAGGAGCUUGAUCUCUUUUGGCCAAGCCGGUUACGCAUUACUCCCACUCCAUCCGUGAGGUCUCAGUUGUAAUCUCGGAUUCCCUAGGGUAGGGUUCUGCCUGCCAGGGUCUUUAAGGUCACUUGUUAAUCUGACGGUAAUGCUUUAAUCCCUGUAUUAGUGUACAAUAUACUCUAACACACAGAUCACUUCCUGCCUAAAGGCCACAGGUUAGACUGCCGGGCCACUGUCUCGUGGCCUUGACUUGCUCUUCUUCACAUCUUAGAGGGGUUCAGAUAAAACCUGUCAGAAGCCUAGGCCUAUAUUUACUGCUUAGCUACACAUAAAAACAUUUAAAUUGCUUCAAAUAAUGUGCGCACAUUAACUUAACAAAAAAAAAAUGCAAUUAAAGCCUUAUCAUUCCUGAUAGAUUUCAAAGCAUUGAAACUGUAAGUCUUAAUUGACUUCAGUUGGAUCGGUGGUGUUGAAAUAUUGUUUGCAUACUUGAGUCCAGUUUAGCGAGGACACCGUACUUGUUAGACCCAUGGAGGGAGUAUGGCAGCUUGUCUUGCCAACUGUUUGCCAUUACUUACGUCCACUGGGUGGCACUAAAUGCUUUUUUUUACAUUUUUAAUGAAGGACACGUUUCGAUGUGGCUAGUGCACCUAGGCUACUACAUUUCCCUCAUUGUAGAGUGAACAUAGCCUGAGUAAACUGUUUGUUUACAAGCUGUAAAUAAAAGAUCUCAUACAUGCUGGUU